AUGUCUCAGCAGCCCAGAGCGACCCUUGUCCUGUCUCCGGACGAUCCCUCCAACACCACGAUAUACGACGCGGCGGACGGGACGGAAGUUUACACUGUCUCGACUCAGUGCCGCUGGAACGGCACGACUACGUACAUCGUCAACGUCCACGGGGCAGUCGUGGCGGCGCUCCAGGAGCGAUACCUUGUCUCCGAUAGGCUGAUCCUGGGAAGAGACCCCCCUAUGCCUUUGCACGAAUGGUUGCGCAUAAACAUGGCGAACAUCUCCGUCAACAUGAAUGCAUCGUUCAAGGACGAGUCGGGGAGGAAGUACAAGUGGAAAGGAAACGUUGUUGGGCAUAGGGGCGCGCUCGAACUUUUCACGAAGGACGACGAGUAUACGGAGCCAAUCGCACGUUUUGACCGAUCCCACCCUCAAGGUGUGUCAGGGGCCCAGAGCGGGUCCAGCACGGAGCAUCAACAUAGACCCCGGCCUGCGACGCUAAGCUUAACUCUCCGCGCGCUAGAAAUACGGGACAGUGUGGUCACGUCGUUGCUGGUCCUGGAGAAGCAGCGCAGGAAGGACAGGCAGGCAUUGCAGGCAAGCCCAGAGGACCCGACAGAAGUCUAUAGGUGGGGCUCGUAA